UACUUAAUUAUUUUUUUGCAUGGAAUCCGUUCAUUUGAUGGAUGAUUUAUUUUGGGUUGGUUUUAUCAUGGUUAUCUAGAGUAAAUAACAUAAUUUUUUCCUCAAUGUUUUUUUAGACAAUAAUUUUUAAAUUCGCUGGUUUAGAGAACCUUCUGUGGUUUUAUUAUUAUAAGAAUAGAUGAUAUAGGCUUCUCUUUUGGAUUCUUUAAUUUGAGUCCUACUUGGUGUCUGUUCUAGUUCCUCCCCUCCAAAAUCUCAAAUGGUCGAUUUGCUUAUUUAUCUUGCCCCAACUGGAAAAAAAUCAAGAGAAUCCAGACAAAACUAAGAAGUUUUAGAAAGGAUUAUGGAGCAUGGAUACUUCUCAAAGAAUCAAGUUGUUCGUCUGGAAAUGUUUGCAAGAUGCACUGCCUACUAAACAGAAAUUAAGAUCUGUGGAAUACAAAUGUGUGUUUUGUAAUGAUGCAGUGGAAUCUACAUAUCACCUGUUCUCUGAUUGUGACUAUGCAAAGGAUGUGUGGAAUCUUCCACCAAUGGCGUCUCAUGGAGCACCUCAAAACUCAAACUCUAUCAAUAAUUAUUUCUUGCAUAAAUAUAAUGAAUGGAUAGCAGGAGAUUUGAAUUCUAUAUAAUGAAUGAAUGGCACUUGCAACAACUAAGUGCUGGUUCAUCUGGAAGGAAAGGUUUUGGUUUUAUCCUUCGUAACUGGAAAGGAACCUUCAAAGGAGCAGAAUCAUGCAUCUUUAGAAUCUCCACAGCUGAAGAAACAGAAGCUUUAACCGUUCUGCAUGCAACUAAAUGGGACCUCUCAAAGAAUUUACAAAAUCUGGUCAUUGAAGGGGAUAAUCAGGCAGUAAUAAGGUACUUACAAGGAAAAGUUUCAACCAUCCGAUGGCAAAGUCUAUCUAUUCUUGAAGAAGUAAAGAAGACAACAGUCAACUUAGUUUCUUUUUUGGGAUUCCACUAUGUAGACAGAAAGGCCAACAGAGUAUCUGAUCUAUUGGCUAAAAAGGGAAGGAAAAGCAACAUCAUAACCUCAUGGGGAGACCAAGCACCUAGUUUUUUUUAAU